AUGACCCCUUCCAAUUCCACCCACUCAAACACCAAUUCAACCACCAAAGCUAAAAACGCCGCUCUCUCCCAAGGCCACAAAGACUCCGAUAUCCACGGCGAACACAACGAUUGGAAAUUCCGCGUCCCCUAUAAAGUACAUGAGAACGAGGAAGCAUUCAAGACUCUCUAUGAGGGUGCUUGUCAUUGUGGACGGGUGAAGUAUCAGUUGAGUAGGGAGAGGCCUUUGAGUGCGAAGUUUUGUCAUUGUACUACUUGUCAGGUUUUGCAUGGAGCUCCUUUUCAAUGGGCGGCGAUUUUUCAUAAGGAGGAUAUUAAUUUUACGCAUGGUCAUCAUGAUUUAGGUUGGUACGAAUCGGAAGAAAAAACUACCCGUCACAAGCUCCCUUGCAAAGUAAGCUGUUCAUACUGUCGCACACCCAUCAUGGACGAAGGACGAAAUAUGAUCCUUUUAUUUCCAAGCUUGAUAAAAUUUAAGAGUAAGGAAGAGAAGGAGAGGUUUAAUCCCGAAUGCCACAUGUUUUAUUCACAGCGCUUGGUAGAUCUCCCAGAUGGAUUACCCAAGUGGACGGGUCUCAAUGAUAAGAGUGAUUUGAUUGAGGAUAGUCCACCGGAAGCGAUACAGAAGAGAAAGAGGGAGAAGGAAGAAGAGGAAAAUGGGGCAAAGGAGGAGGAUGGUCAUGAUAACAAGAAAGAGAGGCGAAAAUAG